AUGUCUGGAGCAUCGAGCAAUGUUUCAGAAGGGUCGAGUGGAUCAUCUUGUGGUGGUCCAAGAAGAAUUGUGGGAGUUCCGAAGAAGUGUUGGUGUGGUGAACAAAAUGUGGCAUUGAUUUCGAAAUCCGACCACAAUCCUUACCGGCGUUACUACCGUUGUGCUUUUGCUGCAUCGAAAAAGAUUGUCAAUGACAAUCACAACUUUAAAUGGGUUGAUGAGGCUCUCUUAGAUGAGAUUGAAAAACUGCAAUUGAAAAAUUCGAGGCUUGAGCAAGUGUUGGAAGAGUUAAGGGCAACUGAGAGCAUGAUCUUUGAGAAGCUUGAGAAGGAGAUAUUUGAUAAGGUUGAAGAUGUUUUGGUUGAAGCUAGUAGAGAUAUGAAGAAGAUGAUGUUGCUCGGGGUCGUCGAAUGUUUGGUCGUGGUUGGGAUUAUGUCACUUGUUGGGUGA